ACCAACUUUGGUAAAGAAAAGUUCAUCAAACUGCUCGAUCAGCUACACAACUCACUGCGCAUUGACCUGUCGAUGUACAGGAACAACUUCCCCUCUGCGUCACCGGAGAAACUGCAAGACCUAAAGGCCACCAUUGAUCUCCUCACUAGUAUCACAUUCUUCCGCAUGAAGGUGCUGGAGCUGGCAAGUCCACCACGAGCCUCCAUGGUAGUGAAAGACUGCGCCAAGGCUUGCAUUCGACAGACGUACACGUGUCUUUUUGAGAACUGCUACGAACUGUACCGAAACCAAAUGGAAACGGAGAGGGGCAAGCUGGAGCCGGAAGAGGUGACUGAAAGCGAGAAGGGGCCCAGUCUGCAGAACCUCGAGUUUUGGAUCAGACUGAUCACCCUCAUUGUCUCUGUUAUCGAGGAGGACAAGAAUCUCUACUCACCGGUGCUCAAUCAAUUUCCCUCUGAGCUGAACAUUGGCCACCUGAGCAUUGAGACAAUGUGGUCGCACUUUAGUGUGGACAUCAAGUACGCACUGGAGGAGCACGAACAGCACCGCCUCUGCGCCAGUCCAGUGUACAUGAACUUUCACUUUAAGAUUAAGUGGUUCUACAAUACAUACUGCAAGGAUGUGCCCGCACUGAAAACUGUCAUCCCCGAGUAUCCAAUUUGGUUUGAGCCUUUUGUAAUGCAAUGGUUAAAUGAGAAUGACGACUCUUCACUGGAAAUUCUUCGCAACGCCUUCAUUCGCGAUGCAGAGGAUGGCUUUCAACAAAGCUCCGAGCACUCACUCUUCUCGAACUCAGUGGUCGACUUGUUCACCCAGUUGACGCAGUGUUUUGACGUGAUCAACAAGCUCGAGUGCCCUGAUCCAGAGGUGGUGAAGCGUUACAUGAAACGCUUUGCAAAGACAAUAGUCAAGGUGCUCAUUGGUUACACUGACAUUGUCAAGAAGGAGUUUGCUAAAUACGUCAAGGAUGAGAAGAAGGCUUGCGUUCUUAUGAACAACGUCCAACAGCUACGCAUUCAACUGGAGAAGCUCUUUGAGUCGAUGGGCGGCGAGAAAUUGGAGCAAGACACGAGCAGCAUUCUCACCGAGCUUCAGCAAACGCUAAACUCUAUUCUUGACGUUCUCAGCGGUAUUUUUGCAAAAAGCCUCGAUGACACCAUUCGCCAGAGCACACAAGAGAUGGGCGUGCUGCUGUUUCAGGUGAAGAACACCAACGCCGCUCAGUCAAAGCAGGCUCUGAAGAACAGCGCCGAGAUCUCCGCCUGUGCCGACCAGAUACUCAUACCGAUGCUCGACCUGCUCGACAAAAAGUUGACCAACUACGCUGAGGCCUGCGAGCGAACGGUGCUAAAACGGGUGCUUAAAGAGCUCUGGAAGAUUGUCGUCACGGGCAUCGAGAAGUACAUUGUCCUGCCGCCAAUGGAGAAGAGCAAUCUGCUGCCUAAUCUACCCAACACAAAGAUCGAGGACGUCUCAAGGCUCCUGAAGACGAGCAAACUGCCUACGCUGAAUAUGAUCGAGAAUCUUCAAGGAGCAAAGAGCUUGUCGCCAAAGCAUUGUGCCAUUCUCGAGGAAGCACUGGAGUCAAUUAAGUUGUACUUUCACGCCAAUGGCAACGGCUUGAAGAAGUCCUACCUUGACAAGAGCUCUGAGCUACAGUCGCUGAAGUACGCCCUUUCACUGUACACACAGACGACUGACUCACUCAUACGGACCUUCAUUUCAACUCAGAAAAAUCAAGACUUGGCCACACAAGAGGACGGUCCAGUUGGUGAAAUCUCAAUUCAGAUUGAUCUUUUUACGCACCCGGGAUCGGGUGAACAUAAGGUUACGGUGAAAAUAACCGCCUGCAACGAGUUGAAGUGGCCCGUCAACACAAUGUUCAAGCCCUUUGUGGAGAUCAACAUGAUCGGUCCUAAUCUGAGCGACAAGAAGCGCAAGUACGCCACCAAGUCAAAGCACAACAACUGGUCACCGGCGUACAAUGAAAUUUUCUACUUUCUCAUCGGCAACGAGAAUGAGGUGUCCACUUUUGAGCUACACUUUGCCGUGAAGGACUACUGUUUUGCGCGUGAGGACCGCCUGGUGGGCAUUGCCGUCAUUCAGCUGAAGGACAUUGUCGACCAGGGCAGCUGCAGCUGCUGGCUGCCACUCGCCAAGCGCGUUCACCUCGAUGAGACCGGGUGGACCAUACUGCGCAUCCUAUCACAGCGAACAAACGACGAGGUCGCCAAGGAGUUUGUUCGUCUCAAGUCGGACGUUCGCAAUGAUUCAGUCAUGGGCGGAGGACAGUUAAGUAUACAGUGA